AUGCGGCGCAGGUCUCGGCUGCUGCUCUGCUUCGCCUUCCUCUGGGUGCUGGGCAUCGCCUACUACAUGUACUCGGGCGGUAGCGCCGCGCUGGCCGGCGGCGGCGGCGGCGGGAGGAAGGAGGACCCAAAUGAUAUCAACCCCAAAAGGAAAGACGUGCGUGGCAAUGAUGGGGAGGACAAAGCACAAAGUGUGGAGACGCUACCUCCAGGAAAAGUUCGGUGGCAAGACUUUGAUCAAGAUGCUUACGUUGGCGCUACCAUGGUGCGAUCUGGUCAGGAUCCAUAUGCCCGCAAUAAGUUCAAUCAGGUAGAAAGUGACAAACUGCGAAUGGACCGAAGUAUUCCCGACACUAGGCAUGAUCAGUGUCAACGGAAACAAUGGCGGAUAGAUUUGCCAGCCACUAGUGUGGUGAUCACCUUUCAUAAUGAGGCAAGAUCUGCUUUGCUUCGAACUGUUGUCAGUGUCCUUAAAAAAAGCCCAUCACAUCUUAUUAAGGAGAUCAUACUUGUGGAUGACUACAGUAAUGAUUCUGAGGAUGGUGCUCUCUUGGGAAAAAUUGAAAAAGUGCGAGUUCUUCGAAACGAUCGCCGAGAAGGCUUGAUGCGCUCCCGUGUCAGAGGGGCAGAUGCAGCACAAGCAAAAGUGCUGACCUUCCUGGAUAGUCACUGUGAAUGCAAUGAACACUGGCUGGAACCGCUUUUGGAAAGAGUAGCUGAGGACAAGACCAGAGUUGUGUCUCCUAUUAUUGAUGUAAUUAAUAUGGACAACUUCCAGUACGUGGGGGCGUCAGCUGAUUUAAAAGGCGGCUUUGAUUGGAACCUGGUGUUCAAGUGGGAUUACAUGACACCAGAGCAAAGAAGAGCACGGCAAGGAAAUCCAGUUGCUCCCAUAAAGACACCCAUGAUAGCUGGUGGGUUAUUUGUGAUGGACAAAUCCUAUUUUGAAGAACUGGGGAAGUAUGACAUGAUGAUGGAUGUUUGGGGUGGAGAAAACUUAGAGAUCUCAUUCAGAGUUUGGCAAUGUGGUGGGAGCCUAGAAAUCAUCCCUUGCAGCAGAGUGGGUCAUGUAUUCCGCAAACAGCAUCCUUACACGUUUCCCGGUGGGAGUGGUACCGUGUUUGCAAGAAAUACACGCAGGGCAGCAGAAGUCUGGAUGGACGAGUAUAAAAAUUUCUAUUACGCAGCAGUGCCUUCAGCCAGGAAUGUACCUUAUGGCAAUAUUCAAAGCCGAAUGGAACUCAGAAAGAGACUUAGCUGCAAACCCUUCAAGUGGUAUCUUGAAAAUGUUUAUCCUGAGUUACGGGUACCUGAUCAUCAAGAUAUAGCUUUUGGGGCUUUGCAGCAGGGUACCAAUUGCCUUGACACUUUGGGCCAUUUUGCAGAUGGUGUUGUUGGAGUUUAUGAAUGUCAUAAUGCCGGGGGAAACCAGGAAUGGGCCUUAACAAAGGACAAGUCGGUGAAACAUAUGGAUUUGUGCCUUACUGUUGUAGACAGAGCACCUGGUUCACUAAUAAAACUUCAGGGCUGUAGGGAAAAUGACAGCAGACAGAAAUGGGAACAAAUUGAAAGCAAUUCUAAACUGAGGCACGUUGGCAGCAACCUCUGUCUAGACAGCCGAAAUGCCAAAAAUGGUGGUCUCACCGUUGAGAUCUGCAGUCCUUCUUUGUCACAACAGUGGAAAUUCACACUUAACCUGCAGCAGUAGAAGGACUUACAAGCAAAAUGCUGGUUUGAUUCAUAGACGUUGGGCAAAGUUUUGAUUGAAUUACUGAUGUAUUUCUUAAAACUUUCCACGGAACUUAUAUACCUCAGUAUUCCACCUUUAUCUGAAAGUAGGAGAGUGCUGAAGCAGACACCAGGGAUCCAGGGGACUUGGAGCACUGCAAAGAUGUCACUGAACAUGACUGCAGCACGAUUCCUUCUUGGUGCGAAGACUUCAAUGGUUCCUUUCUGUCUUCAGUUACAUACUUGCACAGCAGAUAAUUAACUCUAGGAACAACUGAUGUAUGAUAAAAAAAGGAUCUGAAGAAACACCUGUGGGGAAACAGGGUGUGGGAGGGAGGGUGGGAAAAAUUACUAGGAGAAGGUAAUUUGAAAACUCCAUUUGCAUAGAAAUCAUGGUUUGUCAUUUCCAGAAACAGAAGUGUCAUUUUGAAGGUUUUUUUCUCCUGUGUGUACUUGGUAAUUUGAAUAUGAACUUUUCUAUGAUGGACUCUAAAUAUAAAUAUAUAAAAGUAUAUAUAUUGUCAGCUCCCAAUGAUUUAUAUCAGUUUCAUCAUCCUAUAAUUAUCAACAAAGUGAUUGACAUAUGUAUAACGAGAAAUUGGAUUGGAACGCUAGGAGAGUGAAACUUUAUGAAGGUGCGGAUUUUGUGCUGCUGAGUAUGAUGUCCGUGCUAACACUGGAUGCUUUUGCUUUGCAAACUGGAUCUACUUCUUAACACUUCGCCCUCACUGGAGAUCAUGAAACUCAGGAGGAGAAAGAAAAUAGCAGAAUAAGCCAAUGCAUCUGCACAGAUGAUUGCUUGGAUUGUUUAUUCCAACUUGGAAAUUCAUUACAUGUGCUCUGGAUAACGUUAAACUUGUAUUUGAUAUUUGUGUUGAUACUUUCUGUAGUACUUUGUCUUUAAAAUACUUCUUCCUUUGUUACAAAAUUAUAUAAACAGUGCAGAUCUUUCAUGCAGCCAUGUGGGUUCAGCAGAGUUUUAUUCUGGGCCCUAAUGAGAAAAAUUUCUUUGUCUCAAACUCCCCUUUUGAGUUGUAGAAAUAAGAUAGAAUAGUAACGUCACUGUCAACAGCACAAGAUCUGAAUUUUAAUUUGCAAGGAUGAGCAGCUAUGUAAUAUCUCUGAAUUGCACUUGCUUAAUUUAUAGACCUACUACUGGGGAAUUUUCUUCCAUUUUGUUUUUUUAAAUGGAGCUUUUGA